GAACUGAAGACAUAAUUUAUUUGUAUCUCACAGAAGUCUUCUUGCUCAUUGAUUAUUUGUUAAGCAGCGGGGUAUAACCCUCCGAAAUUCACACGUGUAUGCUGCUGUGCGUAUGUGUCGCAUGUGUGUUGCUCCCCAUUGUGUAGUAUAUGAACUUACAUGGAGUCAUUUUAAGUCUUCUUUUGCACUUAAAUGGGUUGAAUAAAAAAUGAAAUGUAUGACACUUAUUAGCGAAAACCAUAUAAAGUCAAAGUCAAUUAAAAAUGGCUAAAAUAUCUGCAGACAUGAACAAUAGCUAUGUUGUAGAUAGGUUGUAGGACACAUAUGGACACAUGUUACAUUCUACAUAUCUAUGUGUCUAUUAUCUAUGAGUAUAUGUGUCCAUGUCAAUGGGUGUUUGUUGUGUUGGAAAGCAGCGGCCAUGUUCCUCUUCUAACGUAUUUUUUGACUAGUGGGGUGCACUGUUACCAUGGCCUUUCUUGGUAGUGUGAUUUUUUUAUUUUAUUUUUUGAAUCUACAUAAAUAUCUUCAAAAUUGCGCGUUUGAACCAGUUGCAGCUUAGUAAAUAUGUAUUUUGUUGAUCUAAAGUACUGUUAACACAUUUGUAUGAUCUGCAAUACAGAUGUGAUCUGUUGCUCAAGAUGGCCGAUGAGUAGAUUUCUCCACUGUGUUAUUAGCACUUCUUCUGUAAAAUAGUUUAUCUCUAGAGAUAGAGGCUGAUUUAUUAAAGGAAUUGAGAAUCUGCACACAAUUAAUUGUGUGACUAUUUUCGCUUCACCUAUCCAAUCAUGUGAAAAGAGAAGCCCCGUUUACUUGUUUCCUGAUUGGGUAAUUAAAGCGAAUAUUCACACUAAUUAUUGAGUGAAGAUUGUCACAUCCUUUAGUAAAUCACCCCAGUUAUGCUAUAUAGUAUGUGUAGAAAUUGCCAAGAAAUAUGAUGUAUAUGUCUUUUGUGUAUUGUACAUGUGCAUGUUUUUUUCCUCCUGUUUACUUUCCUUUUGUAUUCAUAUCAGGUCUUUGUUGUCUGCUGAGCUUAAUAUUCCAUUUAGGUCGUAAUGAAGGCUGUGUAGCCUUUCUUUUUUCUGAUAUUUGAGGGAUAUUACAUAGAAAACUGCAUUCCAGAAUAUUUAAUAGAAAACUGCAUUCUAGAAAAGUCAUUGCCAUGACCUGCGACAGAUAGAUAGAUAGAAAGAUACAGACCAAUAGAUGUAUAGAUACAGACUAAUAUGUGGGAGGCAAUCGAGCUUGGCACACAUUAACAGAUAGAUAGAUAGAUAGAUAGAUAGAUAGAUAGAUAGAUAGAUAGAUAGAUAGAUAGAUAGAUAGAUCAUAUUUUAUUGAAUGGAUAAUCGUUUUUUAAUGAGAUAGAUAGAGAGAUACUAAUAUGUAGAUACAUAGAUACAGACCAAUGUAUAGAUACAGACUAAUAUGUGAUAGAUAGAUAGAUAGAUAGAUAGAUAGAUAGAUAGAUAGAUAGAUAGAUAGAUAGAUAGAUAGAUAGAUAGAUAGAUAGAUAGAGUUUGAAUAGUAUUAUUCGAAGCUGUUUUUGGAGGUUAUGAAGUAUUCUGAAUAUUAUUUUUAUAAGCCUUCAUACUAUUGGUCCCAUGCUCAAUACUAUUAAUGGUGUUCUCUAUGUGUUUUGUUAUUAGACGAAUAUAAGACACACACACACAUAUAUACAUAUAUGUCUAUUGGGCAUUUGUUGGUAUAUUUGUACUUGUAAAAUAUGUAGCGGGUGUAGACCAAGAGAUAACAGUCUCUGAUGGUGUACAUUGCCCUAAAUACAUUAUUUACUAAUAUAGGACAAGUGAUCGGUGUGAUGAUUUGUAAUAAGAUAGAAUUUAGAAAUAGUCCAACGCUAUGAGAAUAUUUGUAAUGCUUGGGAUAGGAAAGAGAACAUUGGGCGCAUAAAUGUUAAUUUUCUUAAGUCAAAUAUCGAUACUUUUAAAACAAAUGUACAUUUUUAUUGAAUAUUUCCUAGCAGCAUACCCAUGGUUCCUUUAUGCUGCUGAUAAUGGAAGCCCUCCUCCAUUGACUCCAAUGUAAUGUGAUAUUGUGAUGCUGGCUUUGGAAUAACUGUUUAUUUGUCUGUAAACCUAUGUAUUGUGGUCAUAAUCAUAAGCUUGGUUUGUGAAAUUCUCAGUUUUAGCUAAGUAGCAAUGAGCUGUUUCAUCCUUAAAUAGGGAGAACAGGGCAGAUCUUGGUUGCUACUGCACAGAGCUGUGUACACGACACUGCUAUAUAUAUAUAUAUCAACAGCUGGGGGAGGACAGAAAUGUAUCUUGUUUUGUAAAAAAAAAAGAAAGAAAGAAAAGAAAUGCAAACGUGCAGAGUGUAUGAGUGUAGCACCUUUGUGCAGUGUGCGAGGGAUGUUUCAUUCUGCAGGGCUCUUAUAGAUAUAAGGACAUUCUACAUGGGAUCACGUGACAUAAUUACCACUAGAAUCAAUCAAGAUGAAUUGCACGUCAGCACACGUUCACGGUUUUUUCUUAGUUGAUGCUGUCCAAGCCCUCUUGAGCAAUAGAUGGAUCUUGUUCAAUGCAGUGAAAUCUCCUUGUUGCUUUCCAUCGCAAAAAGGGAGAGAUGACUGAGUUUGAGAAUUGCAACAACAGUGCACCCAAUAUGUAUCUGCCUGGCUGCGCUUACUAUGUCUCUCCAUCGGAUUUCUCCACCAAGUCCUCGUUUUUGUCCCAGUCCUCCUCCUGCCCUAUGACUUUCUCCUAUUCUUCCAAUUUAACUCAUGUGCAACCUGUGAGGGAAGUGGCAUUCAGGGAGUAUGGGUUGGAGCGCAGUAAGUGGCAGUACCGGGGCAGUUACCCGUCGUAUUACCCCAGUGAGGAUGUCAUGCACAGGGACCUCAUCCAGCCUGCGAACAGGAGAACGGAUGUCUUAUUCAAAUCGGACUCUGUCUGCAACCACCAUGGACCUUCCAGUGCUCCUUCUAACUUCUACAACUCAGUGGGUAGGAAUGGGAUCCUUCCACAGGGCUUUGACCAGUUUUAUGAUGGCAGCCAAGCCUCAUCAUACCAGAUGGAGGGAGAAGAGCAGCCUGCAAAGUCUGAUCUCAAAACUUCCAACCUUAAUAGCAAAAUCACCUCUACCCAAGAUAAGAAAGUGACAAGCGACAAUGGCCCCGAAUCCCCUUCUGGGGAGGCUGCUGCAGCAGAGAAGAGCAACAGUUCAGCUUCCCAGCGGCUUAGGAAAAAAAGAUGUCCUUAUAGCAAGUAUCAAAUCCGGGAGCUGGAGCGAGAAUUUUUCUUCAAUGUGUACAUCAACAAGGAGAAGAGGUUACAGCUGUCCAGGAUGCUGAACCUCACUGACCGCCAAGUGAAAAUUUGGUUCCAGAACCGAAGGAUGAAAGAAAAGAAACUCAACAGGGAUCGACUUCAGUACUUCACUGGAAAUCCACUUUUUUGAAUGGAAAAUGCACAAUUUAUUAACAAAACAAAACAAAACAAAAAAAAAGAACAAUACUUGGGGAUCCCAACUUGCAUUUUAUGUGGACCAUGAUAUCAUGAGAGGAUUUCCAAACCUCUGGAGGAUGCCUUCUUGGUAAGGAAAGGGUCUUAAAAACGUCACUUACAGAAUGCAGCCAUUGGUGUGUUUUUUUUCUUCCCUGAAUCUAUAACACUGAUUAUACAGUAUUAGGACUGACUGCAAGCAGCCAGGGUGGCUUUCAGCUACCAUAACUACAGUGACUACAGUACACAUUUAAUUAAACGAAU